CAUAGCACUAGCAUUUCCCAAAUGGAUGACACAAAUUUUAUUUCCAAAACUAUAAUAAAUUAUAUCUAUCUUCACUUCUCAAAAUCUCACUCAUUUGAGUAAUUUCUUCACCAUUAUGGCUCCUCUAACAAACUUGCAUGGAGUAUCCAAAACUUUAAUUCCAAUUACAUGUCUUCUUCCAAAUGCACAAAGAACCUUUAGGAAAGAACAAGUAGUUGUUGGAUUUCUUGGAAGCAAAACAAAGAAAUCAUCAGAAUGUGAAUCAGUUGUUAACACUACAAGAAGAACAGCUGCAAUAAGUCUUGUUUCUAUAGUACUUACAUGGCAAUUCAAUGAGAAGAUUUCAUUAGCUAAGGAUAAUGGAUUUUGGAUUGAUGGACCUAUUCAAGAACCAAUUGUUACUAAUAAUAUUGCGAAUGAGAAAACGGGGACACGUUCUUUUAUUAAGAAGAAACUCUACAUGGCAAAUAUUGGAGCAAAAGGAAGUGUUUUUAGGAUCAAGAAAUAUUCAUUUGAUCUUCUUGCAAUGGCUGAUUUAAUUGCACAAGACACACUCAACUAUGUUAGGAGAUACCUAAGACUCAAGUCAACUUUCAUCUACUUUGAUUUUGACAAGGUUAUCUCUGCUGCUCCAGUUGAAGAUAAGCAAGAAUUAACUAAUGUGGCUAACAAAUUGUUUGAUAAUUUCGAAAGGCUUGAAGAAGCUUCAAGGAACAAAAAUCUAGCUGAAACACAAGCAUGCUAUAAGGAAACUGAAGUUAUGCUUAAAGAUGUCAUGGAUAGGAUGACUAUAAUGUAUAAAACAAUUUGACAUUAUUCAAUCAAGCUAUGUUAUUAUUACUCUUAUCAAAAUCAUAUUUGUCCAUUUUCUUUUUCUUCAAA